AUGAAUGACAACAUGUGUAGAAGAUUAUUUCUUGUGAGGAACUCGUUUCCCGAUAAAUUGGACAAAGAUGAAAACUAUCAAUUUAAAGUUGAUUUCUUCGAAACCUAUUGCGACAAUAAUUGUAAGACUGACAUCGAUAAAAUUAAGGCUGGAUGCUUAUUUUGGUUUAGUGAAUUAUUUGGGAGUUCUUCUUCGUUUAAAAAUCAUGCAAAGAGUAAUAUGAACGUUGUUGCAUACAUUUGGGCGUGGUUAAGUUAUAAGUUAAAUCAAAAACCACAAAAUGCAAUCACUACAUUAAAUGAUUUCUAUACUAUGUAUAUAGAAACUAGCAAAAAGUAUAAAACGUCUAUAGAGAAUGUUAAGGAAUAUAAUACUUAUAUUGAGCUAAUAAAUAAAAAUAAGGAUUUGUUGAAUAUUAAUUUUAAAGAUAUGUCUAAUUUUUAUAAUUCAUUUACAUUAUUAUGUGACAUACAUAAUGGACUUGGUGGAAACUCAAGUUGUGAUCAUUAUUUAGAUAAAUCUAAAGAAUUUGCUAAAAAAUAUGAUGAACUUAAUGAAAAUUAUAAUAAUACUAAAGGUAGUCCCUAUAAUCAAGUAUUGUCUACAUUAUCAAAUGAUUAUAAUAAUUUAAAAAAAAGAUGUAAUAAAUUUCCAACUCUUCCAACAUAUUCACGAAGAUCAGUAAUAAAAAAAGCACUAAUUUCCAUUUCAUUUACAUUUGUUGCAGUAUCAAUUUUUUUGGGGAUUGCUUAUAAGUAUUCGUUAUUUGGAUUUCGGAAACGGUCUCAAAAACAACAUUUAAGAAAAAAACUAAAAAAAUAA